UUGUGUCGGAUUCGAUCUUCCUCUGCGCCUGCGCCUUAAAAGCGGAAAUAAGGAGCGUUUUUCCACGAUUCUGGGGGAGAGGGGAGACCGCUGCACUCGUCGGACUGAGCCACAGUAAGAGCAGAAGGAAGUGUUGUUGGCUGUUGUGCACGGAAAAAAACCGCAUGAAACCGCUGACAUGUGUGCGCUGAGAGUUGCAGUCCGCCGAGCGCUUUGCAGUGUCUCCAAACCUCUCCUGAGAAUGACUAUCCAGAAUGGGUACAUGAUCUCUGCCAGAGACUGCUGCCAGGCAGGCAAUAAGAUAACCGCACUGAGAUGGGACCUGACCCCAGAUGACAUCCGCACCAGGACAGACGGCCUGAUAAACAGAGUAAAGGCAGCCUAUGAUGACAUUGGAUCUCUACAGAUAGAAAAUGUGUCCGUUGAAAACACCCUGAAAGCCUUGGCUCAUGCCAAGCUGGAUUAUGCAUCAUCGCUCCAUGUUCUUGAUUUCCCCCAGUACGUUUGUCCUUCCAAAGAGGUUCGGACAGCGAGCACAGAGGCAGACAAGAAGCUGUCCGAGUUUGACGUGGAGAUCAGUAUGAGGGAAGAUGUGUUCAAGCGAAUCACAGCCUUGCAGAAAAAGAUCCAAGACAACCUUUCACCUGAAGAAAAGCGAUUCUUAGACAGACUUGUUACAUUAGGCAAGCGGAAAGGACUGCACCUGUCUAAAGAUAUACAAGAGGAAAUAAAAAUAACCUACAAGCGUAUAAGUGAACUCUCCAUCGAGUUUAACCAGAAUCUGAAUGAGGACAAUACCUUUCUUGUUUUUUCUGAGCAUGAAUUGGGUGGGCUAGCUGAUAGCUAUCUCAAUGGACUGGACAAGGCAGCAGAUGGGCGGUAUAUAGUGACACUUGAAUAUCCCCAGUACUACCCCCUGAUGAAGAGGUGUCACAUCCCUGAGACCAGGAGGAAGAUGGAAACCGCUUUUCACAGCAGGUGUAAAGAGGUAAACACAGCAAUCCUGGAAGAGUUGAUAGAACUGAAAUCAAAGGCCGCAGACUUACUUGGUUACACUUGCCAUGCGAACUAUGUGCUGGAGAUUAACAUGGCCAAGAAUGCAAGCAAAGUGUCUGACUUUCUAGACGCAUUCUAUGAAACACUGAAGCCCAUUGGAAUCGAGGAGAGGAAAUGCAUUCUUGCACUGAAGAAGCGGGAGUGCUUGAUGAAGGGCUACCUGUUUGAUGCACAGAUCAAUGCCUGGGACUUACCCUACUACAUGAAUCAAGUGGAGCAGUGCAAGUUUGCUGUGAACAAGGACAAACUGAUUGAGUAUUUCCCGCUUGACGUGGUGACGGAAGGACUGUUGGGCAUCUACCAGGAGCUGCUGGGUCUCACGUACACGGAGGUGGAACGUGCUCAUGUGUGGCACGAAAAUGUCAAGCUUUAUUCAGCCCAGGACACUGAGACAGGAGAGCAGAUCGGCCAGUUCUACCUGGACCUGCAUCCAAGGGAAGGAAAGUACGGCCAUGCCGCCUGCUUCGGGCUCCAGCCCGGCUGCAGAGGACCUGAUGGAAAACGCCGGCUUCCGGUGGCGGCUAUGGUGGCUAACUUUACCAAGCCCAGAAAAGGUUGUCCAUCUCUCCUCCAACACCAUGAAGUGGAGACUUACUUUCACGAGUUUGGUCAUGUUAUGCACGAGCUCUGUUCCAAGACCACUUUCUCAGAAUUCAGUGGAACCCUGGUGGAGACGGACUUUGUGGAGGUGCCUUCGCAGAUGCUUGAGAACUGGGUUUGGGAGAAGGAGCCUCUGAGGAGAAUGUCUCGCCACUACAAGGACGGCACCCCGAUCCCAGACGAUCUGCUCGACAAACUGAUCGCAUCCAGAGUCGCCAACACCGGACUGAUGAACCUGCGUCAGGUAGUCCUCGGUAAAGUGGACCAGUCGCUACACACCAGCCGGCGUGCAGACACAGCUGAGGUGUUUGCAAAGCACUACCGGGACAUCCUGGGUGUUCCUGCUACACCAGGUACCAACAUGACAGCCAGUUUCAGCCACUUGGUUGGAGGAUAUGAUGCUCAGUACUAUAGCUACCUGUGGAGUGAAGUCUACUCCAUGGACAUCUUCUUCAGUCGUUUUAAAAAGGAAGGUGUUAUGAAUCCAAAGGUUGGAAAAGAGUACAGAAGGGUGAUUCUGGAGGCCGGGGGCUCUGUGGAUGGCAUGGACAUGCUGAAGACCUUCCUUGGACGUGGCCCAUGUCAGGAUGCCUUCUUUCAGUGCAAAGGACUGAUUAAGUCACAGAAAACACAGACGCUGUAAUUUCAUAUGUUCUUUAAUGAGAGUCUUUUUGUCAAAGCAAUGUAUCAUUUUGUAUUUCCUGGAUGCAAGUCCACAUCAGUAGAAAACAUGUUACUUUGUUUAAGUCCUUCUACUUGAUUUCUACCUGGCGACAUUUGUUCAAAUGUGCGGUAGAUCAUGAAGGGUCCUCGUGAUAAUAUGCAUUAUUUACCUUAUUCAGAGCAGACAUUUAACUGGUCAUAGUGACAAACACACAGGGGGUUCUUAUUAAAACAUAAAAACCACUUUAUUCUAUUCAAGUGUCCCAGUAAGCCGCGAAGACGGCAAUGAACAAUACUGUUACCCUGAGAACCAAGCAGCUAAACGGAAUUCAGCCAGCAUUAAUUUCAUUAUUUACACCUUCUUUGUGAGAAUGUCUUCUGUGAAAAAAGGCCUUGUUGUGAAUGAUCAGCUGCAAGUUAUCUGCAAUGUACAAAUUACAUUACAUUCGUAUUCAUGUUACUAAAAAUGUUAAUGUGUGUGUGUAUAUAUAUAUUUACAGAUGUAGAUGUGUAGUGAUUGGAAGCUAUGUCAAAGCUACAGAAAGAUUUGACAAUGUGAAAAGCACAAAGAGGAUCUUAAAAAUGUUUUAAGGCUUACAAAGCCUCGCUGAGAAUGCCGGCAAUAUAUCUAUAUUAGUUCCCUCCUUUAAAAGGAAUCGGUCUAUUGUGAGGAAAUGUCUCCAGCACUGGAUUAAGAAAACAUUGUAUUUUGGGGAAUUACAAUUCCCAUGCAAGGAAUAGUUCUAUCCUAUACACCAGGGGGCUCCACGUGACAGCAAAUGUUGGUAUGUGAGUUUUAACAUAAGACAGAAACAUGUACGUUAUCGUUGGCGUAACGCCUUCUAUGCUGUAAAAUGACUAUUUCUUAUUCAUUAAAACCAUGUACGUUUGGCUGCCAUGAAGGCUUACACUGUUUGUAAAUGAUGAAAACGCCUUUUAUGUACACAUGUAGAUUGAUUUAAUAAAAUGUCUUAUCUUUGCCCACUUCCAGUCUGUGUGAUGAAUACCGAUCCGUGACCUAAUCAGAGGGAAAGGAAAUCGAUCGAGGGCGAUACGGUGAAGUGUUUGUGCGAGAUACCGAACGCAUCAUCUUCUGGGUGGCUCGGUGGAAGCGAGAGAAGGCGACUUCUGGUGGCCAGCCUACUCCUCCAUGCAGGCGCAGAGGUCGCAGGGAAGAGAAACCCACCGCUCCAUGUUGCUCUCAGACAGCCUCGAUGUAGCGUCGGACGACUGCUGAAAAAGCUGCUCGAUUGAAAGAGAGAGAAAAAAAGGAAAUUAUGACUGAAAACAUCUGGGUGCGGCACACUUUUAGA